AUGGCGGACAAAGAAACGACACCGACAAAAGUUUAUAGUCGCCUGGAUAUUUCACCUGCUUCAAAGAAUAGAAUUUGCGUUAUAUGCAGUUUAUCUGUAGAGAACGCCGACGUUCGCAGGAGGCUGUUUUGUCCGUCAUCACAAAACUGGCAAAAAACUAAAGCUUGUUUAAGUUUAGAGUUUCUACUCGGAGUAGAGCUUGAUCGAAACUCUGUUUUAACGGAUAUUAUUUGCCGAAAAUGUUUCGAUCGAAAUGAGACUUUGGUCAAAAAGAUUGUCAACGUCAGAGAAGGCUUUGAAUGUUCGAAGAAGAAGCUAUACAGUGAGAGAUGUACCGCGUACACGAAACGUAUGGGAAAGGAUGAUGCUGAUGAUGUAUGGCCAACGGCUAGAAAAUCCUUGUUUCAAGCCGACUGCGGAGUUAAAAAUCCUUCGUGUCCUGCGAUGACUUUAUUAAAGACACGCCUCGUAUCAACUGAAACCGUUUCAGGCAGUACGAAAGAGAAGGGAUCUGAGUCUCUUUCAGUUUCGUCGGUUGAG